GAUCCUCUCCUCCGCUGGAAAUCUCGUCUCUGUUCUGUCUACAUUUGCAUUUUAUCCAUUAAUCCCCUAGAGAUUCCAACUUUCCUCUUCGUUUUCUGGAUCUUUGCCAUCUUCUUCGAAGUUGAUUGAGCUCUGCAUCAAUGGAUUCAUUCACUAAAUCUGCUCGAAACUCCAGCUCUCCCUUCGAUUGCCUCCUUUUCCGCAACGCUUUUUCUGAUUUGGUUUCUCUGUAAAUCUCUUACUGUUGAUUGUGUUAUUUGGAACUGUUAAUGGCAGAUCUUGAUGACACUUUAUAUAGAAAAGAUACUGGAAUUGCUGAAGCGUGCAAAAGAAACAUUGAAGAAUUUCUUACGCAGAAAUGUGAAUUUGCAGAGGAUAAAGCGUUUAGUCUUCGAGUUCAGCUUUUCAGAACCUACGGAAGCUCUCUUGCCGGCUUGGGAGCUUUAGGUUAUGAUAUUGACGCUGACGAUUAUCACAGUUUUGUGCACGGGAGAUUACCGUACGAGAAGAUCAAACCAGAUCCUCAACUACGAAACCUUCUGCGGAGCAUCAAACAAAGAAAACUUAUUUUCACGAACUCCGACAGGAAACAUGCGAUUAAAGUGUUGGAGAGGCUAGGAGUACAGGAUUGCUUCGUAGAAAUCAUUUGCUUCGAGACACUCAAUCCGAAUCUCUCGAAAUCUACUCGGCCUGAUGAGUUUCCCGUUAUUCUGAAACCCUCGAUCGAAGCCAUGAAAAUGGCUCUCGAGGUCGCACAUGUUGAUCCUCGGCGUGUGCUGUUUCUGGACGACAGCGAACGGAAUAUCGCUGCCGGGAAUGCCGUGGGACUUUGAACGGUUCUGCUAACGAAGGUUCUGGUCACUCUCGACUCUCAAGUCUCAUCACUCCUCUCUCAUCAUGUCGUAUAAUUAUUCAGAAACAUUAAGGACAUAUGAAAGGGAAGCUGCUAGCCUUGUCUCUUCACCAACCGAAACCCCUUUAUACUGCACAGGCGAUGGAAAACUUCUCAAUGAUGGCUUUAAUUAUGGUAGGGAGAUCGGGUCCAUACCAAUUCAAUACGAUCAAUCAAUCAAUCCGAUACAGUUAAUACAGCCGAUCUGAUAUUAACAGUUAGAACCAUGGCAGGUAUUGAUUUGGUACGUUAUCAAUCUGAUACCGUUUAAAACCAGUAAUACCGGAAUAUAUCGUCCAAUUGUGUGAGGUCGAUCUAUCAAAACACAAAAAGGGAAGGCUAUUCAAUCAGAAGAGUUACGUCUGACAUGAAAAAGGUUACAUUCUUUGUUUUUAGAAAUCUCUCUUCCCAAAUCAGAACCCAUGGAGGUUAUAUGAGGAAGCAUAUAUAAUCAUUCAUUUCCCCAACCCAACCUUGGAAACGGAUCAGUUUUUUUGGACGUGAAUCAUUCUUUUAUGUCACACAUGGUAUGGAUAUGUGUCCUUGCAACUGCCUAAAUUUACUUCAAGCUUGGAAAUUUUCAUAAGCAACAAAAAGGUGUUUGAAUAAU